AAAUGUUCUUCCUUGUGACGUAAGAGGGCGGAGCGUUAGCCGGGCAGGAACACAGGAAGGCCACGUGUGCAAGGAACGCGAACGAACCGGGAGAUGGGGAAGAAAAAGAAAGAGAAACUGAGUGUGGCCCAAGAGAUUGAUGGGAUGGAGGAGAAAGUGGCUCUGUGCAAGUACAACCUGGAUGUCCUCGACUUGAAGCUGCGCAAGAUGGAGGCGACAGACGAGGGGAGGAAGUCCCUGGAGAAGGAGAAGAGCUCACUGAGCAGCCGUCUGUCCCGUUACGAACGAGAACUGAAAUCUCUGCGCCACGAAAAUCGCAAGAACAUGCUGCUCUCAGUCGCCAUCUUUCUGCUCUUUGCCCUGGGGUAUUACUGCUGGACACUCUGAUUGGCCACAUUCCUGCUCCUCACACCUGUGAUUGGGCACAUACCUGCUCCUUGCAAUGAUCUACUGCCCUGUGAUUGGUCGUCUUCUCUACUGAGGUUUAUACUCCUGGGUCCAGGUGUUGCCUAGGCUGGGGGCAUUUUGAUCACCCCAUUGUUAUUUUUCACCCAUGGGAGAAGUUCCACGAGGUACAGGAAGAGUCUCAAUGACUUUACAUUCCCUUGAAAUAUUAUUGUUCAGGUUGCUUCUGGUUUAAUGAAGGUUUGUGGGCAACACACAUUUGUACUAACAGUAGCCCUGCCUGGGCCAGUCCUUCAAGCCCGAAACUGCAAAGAUAUUGGGUUGCUAAAUAUUUGUCCUGGCUGCAGCUUCUCAGCAGGUGGUGGCGCUGUUCUAUUAGAGACAAGGAAGGAAUGACCUCAUGUUACAGGCAGGAAGUGGUACUGCAAGUGGCAGUGAUACAGUUGUACAAUGUCAUUUAUAAGGAUUGUGGGAAGGGUUUAUAUGUGUAAUUAUAUAUAGAAAAAUUUUU